AUGUGGGCCUAUCGAGCUCGUGACGAGAAUUGGAGACGUAUUUACGAAUUAUUUAAGGACUUUUGGUUCGUGCUCCAUCAGAAGACGCAUCCGAAACAUACAUCAACCUUUUACAAUCGCAUACAGCUCACUGUCCUGUGGAACUAUCCCGACGAGGAGCUGCGCCGCCUGUCCACGCGUCUGAUCUGGCAUGCCUUCAUUUGGAUUCAGAUCAACGUCUUUUUUCUCACACUCCUGUUUGCGCUUCCGGAAUCGGUGGACAAUAUAGUCGACUUGGGUCAAGAUAUUCUAUGGAUGAUUGGGACCUUCCAUAUGUUAUUCAAGUGGCACUUCUUUUACUUUUAUAUUGAUGACAUUGAUGAGGUUAUCAAUGAUCUGGAUGCCUGUCACUGCGAGCCAAAGAGUGGACCGGCGGUGGCAAUCAUACGCUCCGAACAGCGCUGGUUCUUUUUGAUGGAGUCGGCGCAGGGAUUGGCUUGGCAUCUGGCGGUCAAUCUGAAGAUCCUGUGCAUUGAGCUAAAAACACCUUAG